AUGGACGACCGAGGCUGUGAUAACUGCAACGAGUGGUUCCAUGGCAACUGUAUCAACAUCACCGAGAAGAUGGCGAAGGCCAUUCGGGAAUGGUACUGUUUGCAGUGCCGAGAUAAGAACCCCCAUUUGGAGAUCCGAUACCGGCACAAGAAAUCCAGAGAGAAGGAGCGGGAGGGCGAGCGGGACCGGGACCGGGCGGAGAAGGACGAGCUGAGGAAGAAGGCCCAGGGGCUGGCCCUGGACCAGAGCCGUGGGUCGAAAGUAGGUGGCCAGCAGAUCAAGCGCUCGGCACGGAUGUGUGGGGAGUGCGAGGCGUGCCGGCGGACAGAGGACUGCGGCCAGUGUGACUUCUGCCGCGACAUGAAGAAAUUCGGAGGGCCCAAUAAAAUCCGUCAGAAGUGCCGUCUGCGGCAGUGCCAGGUCCGGGCACGGGAAUCAUAUAAGUAUUUCCCAGCCUCGAUGCUGCGAGGGCGGGACGAGGACCUGCAGAUGCUGAAAGAGCAGUUGGAAUCGUCCGCCACCCCCGAGCCGUUGUCGGACGACGACCUCCCGAUUGACCCCGACUUGUACCAAGAUUUCUGUGCCGGAGCCUUCGACGACCAGAACCUGCCAUGGCUCAGUGACCCAGAGGAUGCCCCGUUCCUGGACCCCGUGCUCCGCAAACGCGCCGUGAAGGUCAAGCACGUCAAGAGGCGGGAGAAGAAAUCGGAGAAGAAGAAGGAGGAGAAGUACAAGCGUCACAAGCAGAAGCAGAAGCACCGAGACCGGUCGCGGCACGCUGAGCGGCCGGACGCCAAGGACCCGACCUCCCUGCACCAGUGCCUGGGCCCCGGCUGCAUCCAGCCGGCCCGCGCCGCCUCCAAGUACUGCUCCGAGGAGUGCGGCAUGAAGCUGGCUGCCAACCGGAUCUACGAGAUCCUUCCGCAGCGCAUCCAGCAGUGGCAGCAGAGCCCGUGCGUGGCGGAGGAGCACGGCAAGAAGUUGCUGGAACGGAUCCGGCGGGAGCAGCAGCAGGCGCGGCUGCGGCUGCAGGAGAUGGAGCGGCGCUUCCACGAGUUGGAGGCCAUCAUCGGCAAGGCCAAGCAGCAAGCCAUCAAGGAGGAUGAGGAGACUAACGAGGGAGACAGCGACGACACCGACCUGCAGAUCUUCUGCGUCUCCUGCGGGCACCCCAUCAACCCCAAGGUGGCACUGCGCCACAUGGAACGUUGCUACGCCAAGUACGAGAGCCAGACGUCCUUCGGAUCCAUGUACCCAACCCGCAUAGAGGGAGCCACCCGCCUCUUCUGUGACGUCUACAACCCUCAGAGCAAGACCUACUGCAAGCGGCUGCAGGUGCUGUGUCCCGAGCACUCCCGCGACCCCAAGGUGUCGGUGGACGAGGUGUGCGGCUGCCCCCUGGUAAAGGACGUGUUUGAGCUCACCGGCGAUUUCUGCCGCGUGCCCAAGAGGAAAUGCAACCGGCACUACUGCUGGGAGAAACUGCGCCGGGCCGAGGUGGACCUGGAGAGAGUGCGCGUGUGGUACAAGCUGGACGAGCUGUUUGAGCAGGAGCGGAACGUGCGCAUGGCCAUGACCAACCGGGCCGGGCUGCUGGCGCUGAUGCUGCACCAGACCAUCCAGCACGACCCGCUGACCACAGACCUGCGCACCACCACUGACCGCUGAGCCCGGGUCGGCGCCAGGCUCAGUGG